UUCUUUGGUUAGUGACACAAGCAUUCCUUUUCCGGUGCAAUUCCAGGGCGCCUGAAAACACGAGAGUCCCCCUUUCCUCUUUUCGUCUGAAGCUAAGUACCUCUUGUCGGACUUACUGGGGCCGUGUGGCUGACAGAAAUGAAACCCAUCCUGCUGCAGGGCCACGAGAGGUCCAUCACUCAAAUCAAGUACAACAGAGAGGGCGACCUGCUCUUCUCUGUAGCUAAAGACACGGUUGCAAAUGCGUGGUACUCCGUAAACGGCGAGAGGCUCGGCACGUACAACGGACACACGGGGGCGGUAUGGUGCGUGGACUGCGACUGGGACACGAAGAACGUUCUAACAGGAUCAGCAGACAACAGCUGCCGGCUGUGGGACUGCGAGACCGGUAAACAGCUGGCGCUGCUCAACACCAGCUCUGCCGUCAGGACAUGUGGGUUCGACUUCAGCGGGAACAUCAUCAUGUUCUCUACUGACAAGCAGAUGGGUUACCAGUGCUACCUGAACUUCUUUGACCUGAGGGACCCACAGCAGAUAGAGGACAACAACCCGUACUUGUCCGUACCCUGCAACGAAUCGAAGAUAACCAGCGCGGUGUGGGGGCCGCUGGGCGAAUUUGUCAUCGCUGGCCAUGAGAACGGCGAGAUCAGCCAGUUCAGCGCUAAGUCUGGAGAGGCCCUGAAGAAGGUCAAGGAGCACACCAAACAGAUCAAUGACAUCCAGUCCUCGGUGGAUCUGACCAUGGUCAUCACCGCCUCCAAGGAUAACUCUGCCAAACUGUUUGACUCCACCUCUCUAGAAAACAUCAAAACCUUCAGGACAGAGAGGCCGGUCAACUCUGCUGCCAUCUCCCCCAUCAAAGACCACGUUGUGAUGGGAGGAGGACAGGAAGCCAUGGACGUUACCACCACCUCCACCAGGAUCGGCAAGUUUGAGGCCAGGUUCUUCCAUGCAGCCUAUGAAGAGGAGUUUGGCAGGGUCAAAGGUCACUUUGGUCCAAUCAACUGCGUAGCUUUCCAUCCUGAUGGCAAAAGCUACAGCAGUGGAGGAGAAGACGGCUACGUCCGGAUUCAUUACUUUGACCCUCAGUACUUUGACUUUGAACUGGAGGCGUGACCCACAGGAGGCCCUCCCCCCCUCCAACAGCGUUUCAGUUCAGAAUAAAGAGCGACAGAAGACCAUG